AGGAGGGGGGUUGUGUGCAGGAGCCGGGAGAGAGAGGGGGGGGGGCUCCCCUCUGCACCCUCACAAAGCACGGCCACAGGUGAUAACGAUUCCUGUGGAUAAGGAUCAGCAAUGUCAGUUGAAGACAUGGCAAUCAGGCUGCUUAUCACUACCCAAGAAGCGUCUGAGGAGGGAGGACUAGAUGGGGCUGAUGAUAAUGACGAAAGUGACGAUGAAGGUGAUGAUGAGGGUGAUGAUGAAGGUGUUGAUGAAGGUGUUGAUAAGGGAGAUGGUGAUAGUGGUGAAGGUGGGGGUGAGGGAGGGAGUUGGGGUUGUGGUAAUGAUGAUGAUGAUGAUGAUGAUGAUGAUGAAGGAGAUGAUGAAGGGGAUGAUGAGAGUGAUGGCGAAGAUGACGAUGAAGGUGAUGAUGAUGACUGUGGGGGUGGGGGUAAUGAUGAUGAUGAUGAUGAUGAUGAUGAUGAAGGGUCGACCAGACGAGAGUCAUUAUUAUUCGCGGGAGAGCUAGGAGAUGCGGGGGAAAGAGACCGUUGGGAAGAGGGGGGCACAACUGAUCUGGGAGCAGAAGAGGAUGAUGAAGGUCGAGAGGCAGAUGGCGAUGGAGGUUGAACAGCAGAUGCCGGUGGCGGACGAGCUGAUGUUCGGGAAGGGGGAGAAGGAGCAGACCUGCGUGCAACAGAUGGCGCCGAAGCCGGAGAAGC